UGAUUCCUCUGCUGUCGUCGUCUGCCUCGUCCUCCUCUCCGUGUUGUUGUUCUCGGUGACGCGACGGAGGUGUAGCCUGACGCGGUCUCUUACGUGUCGGUCUGAAUAAAAGUGGAGCUCCGUGGACCCGGGAGUGACGAAGCGAGUCUGUGUUGCUUUUAAAUGAAGAUGGAAGCUGGUACAGAGGUACAGCAGAGUGGUGAAACGACUGUCUCAGAGUCUGAGGCGCAGCAGAUCACGCUUGCACAGGCGCCCAUCACGGCAGGCCAGGUCUCCAGUGGUCAAGGAGUCACUAUAGUCCAGCUUCCUAACGGUCAAACGGUCCAAGUGCACGGGGUGAUCCAGGCGGCUCAGCCCUCGGUCAUUCAGUCGCCACACGUCCAGGCUGUACAGAUUUCCACUGUAGAGAGCGAGGAUUCCCAGGAAUCUGUUGAUAGUGUCACUGAUUCCCAGAAGAGGAGAGAGAUUCUUUCUAGACGGCCUUCUUACAGGAAGAUUCUGAACGACUUAUCGUCAGAUGCUCCUGCUGUGCCUCGAAUUGAGGAGGAAAAAUCUGAGGACGACUCUGGUCCAGCCAUCACCACAGUCACUAUGCCCACUCCCAUCUACCAGACCAGCAGUGGCCAGUACAUUGCCAUAACUCAGGGCGGCGCCAUUCAGCUGGCCAGCAAUGGCACAGAUGGAGUGCAGAGCCUGCAGACGCUCACCAUGGCCAACACUGCCACCGCACAGCCGGGGACCACCAUCCUGCAGUACGCUCAGACCAGCGACGGUCAGCAGAUCCUCGUUCCCAGUAACCAGGUCGUUGUUCAAGCUGCUUCUGGCGACGUCCAGGCCUACCAGAUCCGGACAGCUCCAACCAGCACCAUCUCUCAGGGGGUAGUCAUGGCAACAUCUCCUGCGUUGGGAACAACAGGAGGCACAGAGGAAGUGACGCGGAAAAGGGAGGUCCGACUGAUGAAAAACAGGGAGGCAGCUCGGGAGUGUCGCAGGAAGAAGAAGGAGUACGUAAAGUGUCUGGAAAACCGUGUGGCUGUACUGGAGAACCAGAACAAGACCCUCAUCGAGGAACUCAAAGCCCUGAAAGACUUGUAUUGCCACAAAUCAGAGUAGAAAAGUCACCUAGCGCCUCCCGGUGGGUGGGGGGCGUCCUUUUGUACAGAGACUCAGCUCCGAGCCACGCAUCCGGAAGCCACUCCUCUUUUCUACUUUUCCUGCUUUCUUAAAAAAAUAACUGCUGAUAAAUGUGAGAGUGGGAAUCACUAAGACACAAGAAGAUGCCUGUCCAUCUUUUAAGCAUCAGUUUCCCUCAAUAAGAGGUGAGGCAGGAAACUCCCAGGAAAGCAUUCCAGUCACUGGUGCCCAGUCAGACUGGGCAGAAUCACCAGCAAAGAGGAAUUGACAUCAAUCACCUCCCUUCCCAGCAUGGAACCUGGUCGCUCGGAUCUCAGAGAGGGUACCCUUGUGGGCAACGUGGGUAUUUGUAACUCGCAUUAAUCUGUUACUUAAUCACGCUAUGAACUGUAGGUGGGUCGUUUUAUCUCUGACUUGGGUUUAGUUUAUUCUCGGUUUGUUUCUAUGUUCCUUGAUGCCAUGUUAGAAUAAAAAACUCUGCCUUUUUAAGACACGAACAAACCGCUAAACAUCAACUGUAAAACACAGCUUUAGAAAUCCAGUAUUGACCGUGGGAAACUUUUGAAACUGUCUACUUUGUUUUAUUGUUUUUUUUGUUUGUUUUUUUAACUGGAAGAUAAAUACAUUAAGGCUAAAUAAUUUUGGUCAUAGUCCUAAAAUGAUGGAAAAGAUAAAUUCCUGUUACAAGAAUAAAUUAGGGCAGGGAGCAUAAUGGUAAAUGGCUUGUACUUGUAUAGCGCUUUAUCAAGUCAGACCACCCCAAAGUGCUUCACACUACAAUCAGUCAUUCACACACACACACACACAUUCACACCUCCCUAUGUUAGUGGGCACAGCUGCCCUGGGGCAGACUGGCAUACUUCAGCACCACCGGACCCUCUGACCACCGCCAGCAGGCAGUUUAGGUGAAGUGUCUUGCCCAAGGACACAACAAUUGAGACGGUCAAAGUGGGGGAUCGAACCGGCAUCCCACCAUUUGUAAGUCAAACUCCCUUACAUAUAUGUAUGAUAGAAGGUAUCAUAACUUAAGUGGCAAGAAACAGUUAUUCUAGUAUUUUCUUUUCUGUUGUUAUUAUUACAGUGUUUAUUUUCAAAAGCUUAUUCAGAUUUAUUUUUACCAAACAAAAACAGGCCUUUUUCAGGAAAAAAAAAAAGAAUAUCUGCAUACAGCGAGGUUAAAAAGUUGCCUUUUAAAUUUCAGCUUUUUAUGCACUGGGACAUAAUUACUAGGUUUUUUUAAACCAGGUUCUAAAGGUAUUUAAAUCUAACAGAAAAAAAGAGAAACUGGAUUUCACACAGGUAGCCUCACAUUUGACCGAAAUAUAGUUUGAUGGACACAGGCUCUGUCUCUACAUACGAGCCCAAAGAAUCACCGUGUUUGGUUCUCCCCCAAACUGUUAGGGAAUUACUCACUAUCCCUUUCCAAACAGAUGGAUUGCAAUGGCUACUUCUAAGGUCCUUCCUGAUACUUUUCCAUUCUGGCAUUGUGGUGACACAAACACUCACUUCCAUAUUUCACAGGGAUAAUCACUCUGAGUCGAGGGAUUUGUAAGCUACUUUGCCUCUUAAACUGUUUAUCUGAAGGUUGCUAACCAUAUACUCUGAAAUGUUCACCAUAAUCUGUUAAAUGAUUAAAACUGAUUUAAAUAUGAUUAGAACCUGGUAAAGAAAAAUAAAAUGUUUGAUAUCCUAAAACCUUUACACUUAGCAGGUGUACUUUCUAUUCAUCACUACUUUAGUUGUAAACAAACUGCAAAGACCGACGGAGCAGAUCACUUGUUUUGUAAUGAUUAAUAUGCCGAGAUUAUGUGGACAGUUAGUGGGGAAAAACAAUGCUCUGCCCUUUAAAGUUGGUCUGUUUUAACCUCGAUAACAGGAAGCUGAUGCCCCCGCCCUCCCCCGAGGAGUCUGCAGGAAAACAAAGCAGUGUGUGCACUUUCCUUGCUUUUACAAUCCUUAAACAUUUCAAAGAACCUGAAGGGCUCGGAGCAGACUGGUUCCGCCGGAGGGUUGUUUUGAACGCAUUCAAGUGUUUUUUCUAACUCCUUGGGAUUUGGUCCAAUUUAAUUACACCUUGGAAAAGGAAUGUAAAGUGCGACCAAAUCGGAGAAGAGUGAACAAAGCUUUUAUUUUCAUGAUACAGAAUGCCAUAUUGUACUCUUAUGUAUAGUCUUGCUUUUUUUGUGUUGCUUUUUUUCUUAACUUUUUAUUCACAUUUUCUAAAUGUCAACUUGUACAACAGUGUGUUUAUGUUAGACAUAAAAAAGAUUUUUGGCAGCUGA